CCCUGCACUUACCCUUACUCACUCAACUCAAGUGCCAUGGAGGAAUCGAGUAGUUGACGUUUCCUGCUGCAACCUUCUCUUUUUAAGCUUUCUUCCCGUCUGAUCAUUCCGAUCCCUGACCGGUUUUAUUAACGUUUUGAACUCUCGGCGACUUUCUAAUGAGCUCUGAAAUCAUGCAGUACAUCAUCGGCAUCGGCGGCGUAACCAAUGAAGGGAAAACCACCCUCACCAACAGACUGAUCAAAAACCUGCCCAACUGUUGUGUGGUCCAUCAGGAUGACUUCUUCAAGCCCCACAAUCAGAUUGAAGUUGGUGAAGAUGGCUUUAAGCAGUACGAUGUCAUCAAUGCUCUUGACAUGGACGCCAUGAUGAGUAUGAUCUACGCAUGGUUGGAUAACCCAGUGAAGUUUGAGACAUCUCAUGGCGUUAAUAACACCCUGGACACUGAGAUCGUCCCAAAGUCUGACACUAAGGAGGAGGAGACUCACAUCCUUAUUGUGGAAGGCUUUCUGCUUUACACCUACGAACCUUUGAUCGACGUGCUGAACCAACGUUACUUUAUUUCCAUCCCAUAUGAAGAAUGCAAAAAGAGGAGGUGCUCUAGGAACUACACGGUGCCAGAUCCACCCGGCCUGUUCGAUGGCCACGUCUGGCCCAUGUAUUUGAAACACAAGAAC